AUGUCCACCGCCAACCCCGCAUACGACUGGAGCGCAGCACAGUACCUCAAAUUCAAAGAUGAACGUACCCAACCAGCCCGCGAUCUUUCUGCCAGGGUUUCCCUACAGAGCCCGAAAAGAUUGGUAGACCUGGGGUGUGGUCCGGGAAACUCAACUGUCGUCCUGGAGUCUCGCUACCCCGACGCUCUACUGGUGGGGAUGGAUUCAUCCCCGGACAUGAUCCGCCAAGCCAAAUCCAUUCUCCCCCACUUGAAAUUCAGUAUCGCAGAUUUGAACACCUACACACCCGAAGCCCCAAUUGAUCUUUACUACUCCAAUGCCGUUUUCCAAUGGCUUGGGAGAAAAGAGCGCAUUGGGGUCAUCAAGAGAUUGAUUGGAAUUAAACCGACUGGAGGAGUAUUUGCCUUUCAGGUUCCCGACAACCUCAAUGAACCCUCCCAUGUUUUGAUGAGAGAGACAUUCAAGACCGGGCCCUGGGCGGCGAAGUUACAAUCUGUCGGCCGGGAUACGUUUCAGUCGCUGCAGGAGAUUCAUAAGCAGCUCAAGCCACUUUAUUCGGAGGUGAGCCUCUUCCAUACAAGCUAUUAUCAUUCGCUUGAGAAUCACGAAGCCAUCAUUGAAUGGGUCAAAGGGACCGGAUUGAGGCCUUACGUGGAUUUGUUGCAACCAGAGGAGAAAGAUGCGUUCUUGAAAGAAUAUUUGAGGCGCUUGAAGGAAACAUAUCCUUCGUCGGUUGAUGGUCGAGUCUUGCUUCGGUACCCACGGCUUUUUGUAGUGACCGUGAAAAGCUGA